AUGGUGAAGACUCUCUCCGCAGAGCUCCCGCUCAAGGUCCCGGCCAGCCGGAUGUACGCCACGCUCAGAGACGUCCACAAUCUCCUGCCCAAGAUCGUCCCCGACUUCAUCAAGAGCUACGAGCUCGUAGAGGGCGAUGGCGGCGUUGGAACCAUCAGGAAGAUCACAUUCGGCCCUCUCGUGUCCAAGGAACCCACCGUGGCGACCGAGAAGGUGCUGGCUGUGGACGACGCAGCCAAAUCCGUGACCUAUUCGCUGAUCGAGGGCGAUCUCACCAAGCUCUACAGCCAAUUCGUGGCCACAACCAAGUACGUCGAUGGGGCGGACGAUGGCAGCUCCACCGCGAUCUGGAGCGUGGAAUACGAGCCGAUUGGCGAUAGCCCAGCUCCCGAGCAAGCCAAAGAAGCUGUUCUUGGAUCCAUGAAGGCCGUCGAGGGAUACCUCCUCGCAACCAACGCAUAUGCGAAUUAA